AGAAGGACACCAACUACAAGUUCGCACAAUUCCCACAAUUUCCGCAAAGGAGGAUAAACCUGAUUGUCUGUUAACCCUUCGCCCGUCUUAACUUCAGCAUCCUAGACUUUGCGCAACCAUCCAAUAAAACCACGGGUGACGCUGAACGAGUGCCUCUGUCUAGCUCGCAUAUAGGAGCUGCCUUGCGAACUCACUAUGGAUAUCGAGGCUCUCAAAGAGCAGUGGUCGGAAGUUGAAGACCGAGAUGGUCUGCGAUUGAGCUGGAAUGUAUUUCCAAGCUCUCGCAUGGAAGCUUCACGAUUAGUUGUACCCAUUGGGGCACUGUAUACUCCUCUGAAAGAGAAGCCUGAUUCACCAAUCUUACAAUUUGAACCGGUAACCUGCAAGCAGCCAUGCCGGUCUGUCUUGAAUCCCUUCUGUCAGGUUGAUGUCCGCGCACGCCUCUGGAUCUGUCCAUUCUGCCUCUCGAGAAACCCCCUCCCACCCCACUACAAAGACAUCACUGCAAGCGCCAUCCCUCCCGAAUUGCAUCCAUCAAACACCACGAUCGAAUAUAGGCUGUCCAGACCUGCGCCAAGCCCGCCCAUCUUCCUGUACGUGGUAGACACAUGCCAAGAGGAGGAUAGUUUGUCGGCAUUGAAGGAGUCAUUGGUUAUGAGCUUGAGCCUUUUGCCAGAGCAUGCUCUAGUAGGACUGGUUACUUAUGGGACUAUGACACAAGUUCACGAAAUUGGCUACAACGAAUGCCCGAAGUCAUACGUGUUCCGUGGCAGCAAAGACUAUUCCGCAAAACAAGUUCAGGAAAUGCUAGGAUUGUUAUCUCCUAACAUCCGACCAGGGAUGCAACAACAGCAGCAGCCAGGUCGACCAAUGCCACCAAUGGGACCUGCCGCUCGAUUUCUUUUGCCUGUUCAACAAUGCGAAUAUCAGCUCACAAAGACAUUGGAGCAGUUACAGAAAGAUCCUUGGCCCGUAGCUAGUGAUCGGAGAAAUCUCAGGUGUACUGGUGUUGCUUUGAGCGUUGCUGUUGGACUGUUGGAAUCUUCUUUCCAAAAUGCAGGCGGGCGUAUUAUGCUCUUCGCUGGUGGACCGGCCACCGAGGGACCAGGAUUAGUCGUUGGACCAGAACUUAGAGAACCCAUCAGAUCACACCAUGACAUUGACCGAGACAAUAUCAAAUACUACAAGAAGGCUCUUAAGUUCUACGACAAUCUUGCCAAGCGGACUGCGCAUAAUGGGCACAUCAUUGACAUCUUUGCCGGCUGCUUGGAUCAAGUUGGCUUACUGGAAAUGAAAGGACUCUCAAACUCCACUGGUGGCCACAUGGUCUUGACGGAUAGCUUCACAUCAUCCAUGUUCAAGCAAUCUUUCGUACGGGUGUUCGAGAAAGAUGCGGAUGACAAUCUUCUCAUGGGAUUCAAUGCUUCGCUGGAAGUCCUCACCACAAAAGAGCUUAAAGUUACUGGGCUGAUUGGGCAUGCUGUCUCGACGAAUAAAAAGUCUACUUCUGUGGGCGAGACCGAGUGUGGUAUCGGUAACACAUGUUCCUGGAAGAUGUGUGGCAUCGAUCCAAACGCCAGCUACGGAAUCUACUUUGAAAUCGCAAGUCAAGGUGGUCCUGCUCAGCACCAGCAAACUCCCCAGAAAGGAAUGAUGCAAUUUCUCACAUACUACCAGCACUCUUCUGGCCAGUUUCACCUUCGCGUAACAACAGUUUCCCGGAAUCUGAGUGGCCCAGCUGGAGACCCUGCCAUUGCACAAUCUUUUGACCAAGAAGCUGCAGCUGUGCUCAUGUCCAGGAUCGCCGUGUUCAAGGCAGAGGUGGACGAUGGCCCAGACGUUUUGCGGUGGGUUGAUCGAAUGCUUAUUCGACUCUGUUCACGGUUCGCAGACUACAGAAAAGAUGAUCCAUCGUCCUUCCGGCUGGAGAAGAACUUCACACUCUACCCGCAAUUCAUGUUUCAUCUGCGAAGAAGUCAAUUCCUGCAGGUAUUCAACAACUCUCCAGACGAGACAGCCUUCUAUAGGCAUGUACUCAAUCACGAGGAUGUUAGCAACUCUUUGAUCAUGAUUCAACCCACCCUGGACUCUUAUACAUUUGACCAAGAUGGAAGCCAACCCGUUCUGCUCGAUUCCACCUCCAUUCAACCAACUCACAUACUUCUUCUUGAUACAUUCUUCCAUAUUCUAAUAUUCCACGGCGAGACUGUGGCAGAAUGGAGAAAAGCCGGGUACCAAGAGCAAGAGGGUUAUGAUAACUUUGCUUCAUUGCUAGAGCAGCCUAAAGAAGACGCCAGGGAUCUCAUCACUGACCGCUUCCCCCUGCCUCGUUUCAUUGUCUGUGAUGCUGGUGGAUCCCAAGCCCGUUUUCUACUCUCUAAGCUCAACCCGUCAACCACUCAUACAACCGGAGCUUAUGGCGGCGUUGGAGCUCAGACAGCACAGACCAUUUUUACCGAUGAUGUCUCCCUGCAGACCUUCAUGGAUCAUUUGAUGAAACUUGCUGUUAGCGGGACAAACUAGUUCUUGAUGUGGGAGAAGAUGAAAGAGGGUCGAAGCUGGGAGGUUGCAUUAUAUUGGCAUGCAAUAUUCAACCACUGGACUUUGAGCAGCUUCCACGAGGCUGGGGUAUCAUGCUUCUGUAAAAUUACAUCGUUCUGGAAGAAUAAUACGAAGCCAAGAUCUACGAAUUCAAUCAUGCAAAGCCCGUGAAUUUGAUUCGCCCAUCGUUGAGUAAGGACAGGCAGAGCAAGUGGUUUUCGUCCAAAAAAAAGACUCUAC